CAACAUUGCUGUCGGCUGCAGUACACUGAGGUGGCGUGCAAAGUGAACCCGGCGAAUAAAGAAACAUAUUUUAGCCCCAAUUUUAGCCGUUUCAGAUAAUCCACCAUGUCAUACUGCAAGCAAGAAGGGAAGGAUCGUGUAAUAUUUGUAACUGAAGAAGACCAAGAUGGACCCUCGAAAGUCUCGUUACCAGAAGAUGAUGAACAGCCAGCUGGACUUAUACAGCCUGACGGAGAAAUCAACUGGGCGUGUCCUUGUCUCGGUGGAAUGGCUACUGGUCCCUGUGGUGUUGAGUUCCGAGAAGCCUUUACCUGUUUCCACUACUCCAGUGCAGACCCAAAAGGAAGUGACUGUUUAGAGCCGUUCAGGCAGAUGUCCGAGUGCAUGUCUAACUACCCAAAUGUCUAUGGUAAUAAGGAAGAGAAGGGAGAGAUGCCAACUGAGGAAACAGAAAAAAGUUCGGAUACUCAACAGUCAAAAGAAGUGGAAGCAAAGGCAUAAUGAAUCAUUUAGAACUAUUUGGAAAAUGGAUGUAUCUGUCUCGGUGCACCUUGAACAAGAGUGUUUGUGAGAGCAUGUAUAUAAAUGGUGGUACAAGCUCAUGUAAUAAAGUCCCGUUAUUUUCAGCUGUAGAUGAAAAGCAGUUUGUAAGCAUACCAGAAAUGUUAACAUUGUUAUGUAAAUAUUAUAGAAAGAUGCAGUUGUGGGUAAUCUGUUACAAGAACCACAGAGUUUCCAGAUGUCAAAUUGGGAACAGAACAUUACUCUGAAAAUGGAAUAAUUGUUAAUGUAUUUCUUUAAUAAAAUGAAUAAAACUAAAGUGUGAUGUA